UAAAAAUUAUUUCUGUUAACAACAAACGUACUGACGACACUGUCGCACAAAAUUCUUUAUGAACGUACAAACGACCGAAAACAAUAUAAAUGCGGUUCAAGGGCGAAUUUCAACUGGUAAUCGUGAGCGGCUCGCUGGUUAAUGUUACCGCUAUUAUUUCUUUGCAAAACGGAAAGGGAAUAUCUACAAAACGCAACACAGUUCUUAUAGAUAAAUAUAUACCUGAGGGUGGCGUGUAAAAACUUACACAUAAUCGUCAGAUGGCGUACAAGUAUAACGUUCUAUGGUUUAUGUGAAUGCUUAAAUAUUAUUUAAAUACGAUGGAUUUGGUUAGCACUAUAAGCAUAUUAAUAAUAGUUAUUGGUUAUGAAGCUUCAUUUUCUGAGUGCGAUGUAAAUUUAAAAACAAAUAAUAGCAAAUCUCAAAGUGAUCUUAGGAAAGUAAGACAAAUUAUUCCCAUAGAUUCACUACAGUACGAGUUUAUACCAAGCAUUGUAACAGUAGAAAAUAAUUAUCGAACCUCAGAUUAUGAUAGAACGAAAAAAGUAUUGUCUACUUCUAGAAAUGAGUAUAAUUUGAAGUUGUUAAAAGGCAAUAAUUAUACAAACACAAUUACUGGAAAUUUCAAUUCAACAGGAAACAAUAACUAUUAUGCGGCUUCAAAUAGGUCCCCUGAAAAAAUUAAUUUUCCACUGCCCACAGAUAAUGACAGGCAAAUAUUGUUUCACAUUGCACAAAAUCAAGGUUUCCAGAGAGAUAAUUCAAAUGAAAAAAAAUUAUCACAGCGUAAUUUGUACUUGGAAACAAAAACUAUUAAUGAUUUGAGUAAUAAAAGAAAUGUAGGUGUAAUCCAGCCGAUGGAAUUUUCGCCCUUUAAUCACUUUGAUACAAAAUAUGAAAAAAUUUCACAAAUACCUGAAAGUGAAAAAAAUGCUCGUGAAGUAUAUGACCAACUUAACUCUCUAAAAACUUUAAGUUACUAUAAUAAUCUUCUUUCCCAUUUCAAAUAUGUAAAUACAGAUAACAAAGAUGAUAUUAUCAUGGCAUUUAAACCAUCCAUUAAUAAUGCGCAAAACAAAAAAAUACAUUCUAAUCUUGUACCAAAAAAUCAAUAUCAAGCCUCUAAAUUACCCCAACAAGUUUUCAACAUUAAUGAACCAUCAAACGUAAAUAUUAACAGUUACAAUUAUCCAUUAAAAAAUGAAAAUAUUUAUAGUAAUAUAAACUACUAUGGCUAUAGUAACAGUAAUUUUUAUCAGAGUAAUAAACCAAAUUCAGAACAAAAAUUGAAAACAACAGAUAGCAGUAUUACAAAAAACCCACAUUCUGUCGAAGAAAACUAUGGAUCAUCAAACCCAAAUUGCAAUUAUUAUGGACUACCUGGUCCAAAUGCAUUUUCAAAUUUCGCACCAGGAAAUGUUCCUAACAAUCAAAAUGAGAACCCUAACACAGCACAACAAAACGAUACCUCAGCUGGUAAUGACAAUUAUUAUGGACUACCUGGUCCAAAUGCAUUUUCAAAUUUCGCACCAGGAAAUGUUCCUAACAAUCAAAAUGAGAACCCUAACACAGCACAACAAAACGAUACUUCAUCUGGUAAUGACAAUUAUUACGGACUACCUGGUCCAAAUGCAUUUUCAAAUUUCGCACCAGGAAAUGUUCCUAACAAUCAAAAUGAGAACCCUAACACAGCACAACAAAACGAUACUUCAGCUGGUGAUGGAGAACCUGUUCUUAAUAAUUACAAUAAUAAUAUUCUACAAAAUGGCAUAAUAAAUUACUCUGUAUCUGACUCUAAUUGCAGUGUAAAUGAUAAUAGUUAUUCCAGUACAACACAAGUAUAUUUCAAUAAUUUUGAGAGACCUAGUUUUAAAUAUUCUAAUGGUGAACUAAAUCCGAAUUCAUUUUUUAAUUUUUCUAUGGACAAUAAAUAUAAAUCUAAUAGACCAUCUCAAAAAUUUGAUUUAAUUAUAAAUAAUGAUGGUUAUUUUUUACCUAGAUGAUUAAAAAUACACGAAUAUUGCUCAUUGGUUUUACCAUAAUAAAAAUUAAAACACUUAGAAUGUUUAAGUAAAAUUUUGAAUUUUGAGAAUAUCGAGUUUUAAAUUUUUUUUUUCUGUAAACUCCAUUUAAAGGAAAAACCGAAUUUUCAUUUUUUUAAGUAUUUUUCCUUAUUGAAUAGAACUACUUAUUUUUAAUCCGAAUAUAAAACUUAUUUAUUUUUAUGUCCUGUAAACCGCUUAUAUUUUAUGCGUCUCAACUUGUAUAUUUAGUUAACUGUUCGUGAAAUAAGAGCGGUUAAAUAAUAAUUUAUUAAUAGUUUAAGUAUAAAACAGAGUUUUGAUAUUGAUUUCCUAUAUUAUGCGAGUUUUAUACUAUUUUAUUAGUAUAUAGGCUAUAAUAUUCAAGUACGAAUACUAACAAUAUGUAAAAUCAAAUCAGUAUUUUAUGUAUAUCUAGUCAAUUAAAUGCAUGCGUUUGUAUUCUUAAACACGAAAGUUAUAAAAUAUUUUUAGUAUAAUUUUAAGAAAAGGACCUAGACCUUUGUAAAAGAAAUAUUCUUAAGAGAUUAUCAAAAUUAUUUUACUUCAUAUAUUUUUCUGUAUAAUUUUUAGUGUUUUUGUAAUGUUCCUCAAAGAAUUAUAAAUAUU